GUGAAGUGAUCAGUAAACGUUUUUCGAAAAAUCUCUUCAGGCUGGUUGAGCUUUAUCAUACUGGGAAACUAUUAACUUCCUCUUGGCUGAUUUCUCUUGUGGCAUCUGUUAUCUGACUGCUGAAGACUCAGCAUGGAAGAAAUUACGGACACACUCAUCUUUCUGGAGAUGGACGUCCUGGUGUUUAGCUGUGUUCUGGACAAAGAAAAGCACGUUAAUUAGAUUGGUGCAAAGAGCAUCAUUGGAGUGAUUGCUGUGCGAAAAGACUUGUACAUCUUUUUCAGGAUGAAGAAAAUCAGCCUCAAAACAAUCAGAAAAUCUUUUAACUUAAACAAAGGCAAAGAUGAAAAUGAAUUUGUGGUCGUACAGCACCCGUCACUUGUGAACGAUUUUGGGAAGGAAGAUUCUGUCUUUAGUUGUUAUGGGAAAGAUUUGGCUGUUAAUGAUCUGAAUAAAGCAGACGAAGAUGAUAAAGGACCUAAAAAUAAAGCAAAAGGUGAAGGUUUGAUGGGCACACUGAAAAGGAGGCUUUCUGCAAAGCAGAAACAAAAAGGAAAGGGGAAUUCACCUUCUCUUAACUUGGAAGAUGAUCGAUUUUCCUCCUCUUCAACUCCAGCAAGCAUUAAUGAUUUAAAAGCUCAAAGACCCUUAAGAUCCACCUCACUUCGGGGCCAUCAUUAUAGUCCUACACCUUGGCCUUUACGAUCAGCCAGCUCUGAAGAGACCUGCAUUAAGAUGGAAGUUAAGGUCAAAGCAUUAGUUCACAACAAUAGCCCAAACCAGGCAUUAAAUGGUGUUCGUAAGGAAUUCCAUGAUAUGCAAACAGAUCGUGUCUUUCAGGAGCAGAACAACACCAUUGAAGAAAUUGAGCCGCAAAAUGACAAUUCUAAUUUGAAUACUGAUGAAUCUUGUCAUGUUCCUGUGGUUAUUGGAUUGAUGCCUCAGAAUUACAUUCAGUACACAAUGCCUUUAGAAGAGGGAAUGUUCCCUAUGGAAGGGUCCCGUACCUGUUGUCUUGACAAUCCAUUGCCAAUGGAAGUUUCAUCAGUGCCGUCCCAUCUAUGUAGCAGCCCGCUACAGACGGAUGAAGGCCAUAUGGUCCCAGAUUUAAUGGUUGCUUCUGAUAUAUUCUUGGACCCACCUGUAAAUGGUCUUUUAAUUGGUACAACUGGUGUCAUCUUGCAGAAUUCAAAUUCUAAUCAUGUUGAUCUUCCUCCACUAUCUCCACUCCUACCUCCAAUUCCAAAUCAAAUGCAAUUGACAUUUUCUGGGUUUGGUGGUACAGCAGCGCAUGUAGCAGAAAGAGUUCGUCAUCAUUUGAAUUUUGAUCCAAAUUCUGCUCCUGGAGUAGGGAGAGUUUACGACUCCGUACAAAAUAAUGGUCCAAUGGUUGUCACCAGUCUCACCGAAGAGCUGAAAAAACUUGCAAAACAAGGAUGGUACUGGGGUCCCAUAACACGAUGGGAGGCAGAAGAGAAGCUUGCCAAUGUGCCUGAUGGUUCUUUUCUCGUCCGUGAUAGUUCUGAUGACCGUUAUCUUUUAAGCCUGAGUUUUCGUUCACAAGGCAAAACUCUUCACACUAGAAUAGAACACUCAAAUGGAAGGUUUAGCUUUUACGAACAACCAGAUGUGGAGGGGCACACGUCUAUUGUAGAGUUAAUUGAGCAUUCAAUUAAGGACUCUGAAAAUGGAGCAUUUUGCUAUUCUAGGUCUCGCCUACCUGGCUCCGCAACUUAUCCUGUAAGACUAACAAACCCAGUCUCCCGGUUCAUGCAAGUGCGCUCACUGCAGUAUUUGUGUCGUUUUGUUAUUCGUCAAUACACUCGAAUAGACUUAAUUCAAAAACUGCCUCUGCCAAACAAAAUGAAGGAUUAUUUGCAGGAGAAGCACUACUGAAAAGUUUUGAAGUCUUGCAGAUUGAUUGCACUUUUGGAACUGGAAUGCAUUGGAAAUUUUUUAAAAAUAUAAUUUAUCAAAAACUAGAUUAAAAAUUUCUUGUUUAUGUGCUCCUUCAUUUUUGUAAUCACAGGCCUUUGUUCUCGUUCUCUCAUCUGUCCUCCCCUCUCCUCUCCUCCAUGCGCCCAACACAUGUUGAGCACGAUCUAUUUGCCAAAUAAAGUCAUCCCAUUUUUCACGUUGAGCUGCAAUACUAUUUUCUCAAUCAUCUAUGAAAGACUGCCACACUGAAUCCGUAUCUGGUUUUUACAAAUUUUAGACUGUUAACUGCAGGUUUCCAAAACUGUCCUCCGAAUCUACACUAAAGAUCUAGUCCCUUGAUAGUGACCAUGUUGUAUGCAGUAUUUCUGUGCAGACUGGCUUUGUUCAGGAGCAAGUGACCUUCUAGCAGCAGUAUGUACUAAAUGAGAUAACACCUGGGCAAUUUGUCUUUAAAGCCAAGCCAUGAUUUGUUUCUAAUUGAAAGAAAAAAACAUUGGAGUAAAACAAGACGAUGUUUUCAGUGCAUUAGAUGGUACACAGGGCAAGCUGUGUACAAUUUGCUGUUUAAUUGGCCGUGUGCUGGCAUUAUCAGCAGCUAGCAACCUGGAGUGUUAUAUCGUGUGUCACUUUUCCUCCAUAAAAAUUACUGUAAUUAUGACAGACGUCCUUAACAGACUUGUGCACGAGUCCAAAAAUUCUGCUUUUUUUCAAUUGGAAUUGCUUUUCUUAACAUUCUUCUUUUAAAGGGAGACCUUGCCAUUUUGUUUUCUUAUACUCCUUAGUUCAGAAUUUUCACUUUGAUUUGAAAGAUAAUUUCCAAAUGCCUUUUUAAUGUAGAGCACAACAUAAAUUUAUUUUCACACAUCUGGUUUGCACAUAGGGUUCUUAUUGCCAGUUUGUGCUUGUCUGCCCCCGGACCAAUUUUGUAAAGGGCCAGCAUGCCAGUAUUUUUGAGUAAUGGUUUGAAAUCCAGUGGGAGACCACAUUGAACACCAUAAAUAUUGAAGAGUAUUGUCCCUGGUUUUAAAGGGAACUAAUGAGCUUUAUUUGCCAAUUUCGAAUUUUUUUUUAAAUGGUUGUAGGAUAUCAACGUUAAUUUCUGAGGUAAUAUGAAUGACUUUUUAUGGAUUUGUUUGUUUUCAAUGGAGUAAUAUGAAUUGUAAUUUGGAUAUCAUGGUUGAGGACUUUGAACAAUUACUCAAUGUCUGUGUAUCCUUGUAACCACCAGGUAAAGAUUGGUUAAUCGCACCAGUGAGAUAAAUUGGAUGUUUUUGUGAUUUUUAUCAGUUGGCAUAUUAUUACUCUAGUUCACUUGUAUUUCAAUAGACCAACUGACUGAAAUUUAGCAAUAAUUUCUUUUCCUCCUUCAGUUGAAGUAUUUUGUGCACUUUUAGGUUGUGUUCAGUUUCACAUUUUCCUGUAUUGCCAUAUAGAAAUCUUCUGUAAGUGUACAGGCAAAACUGUUCCUAUAAAAUCAUUUGUAAUAUGCCAA